UAUAAAAGUUGAACCUUUCUUUUUAUUUUUGUUUACUUUGGUAGGCGGUUCUAGCUCUUAUUACAGUAGUAUGAACGAGAUCUCCGGAGUGCAGACAAAUUUAUUCGUGUUAUCUGGGUAAUUUGUGUUGGAUCUUGUUUUGGCUGUGUUAGACUUACCAUGUGAGAUAAACAGAGGCCACAACUGAGAACAUGGAUAAGGUUUCUUCUGUGUUGUGAACUUAUUAAGAUCGAAUCUGUGAUCUUAAAGAGAUAAAACAUUUCGGUGACAAACCUUAGUUCUAUGGAAUCCUGUAAAUUUGCAAAGAAGUAAGGGACAAAACAGGGAUUCUCACCUAAAGCCAAAUACACAAUCAGAUGAAAAUUCAAAGAUAUUUACAGGCAAACACUGGUUAGUACCCCUGAAGCCAAGGCAUCGACACUUGCAUGUUUAACAGAUAAGAAGCCACAAUUCACGGGUUAAGGAGUUGAUCAUGAGUGAACCAGAGAGACUUCAAAAGAUUAAUUUUUUUUUUUAUCUAUUGGGUUGCAACAAAAGUUAAAAAGCUUUUUAGUGUGAAAACACAAAUCAAUGGAAACUCUCUUCUGCUUCUUCAUCUUCUUCAUCUUCCGUAUGUUAACAGAAGUCCCCACAAUUGUCUGUCUUCGCUGCCAGACAAAACUGCCACAGCCAAUAAUGUUUCUUUGAGGGACCUUUCUUCUGUCAGAGACUUUCCCUCUCUCCCUCUCUCCUCUUCUUGCUCUGCUCAGCCCUCUCACCAACUCAUCUUUCGUCCUCAAAACAAACAUCUGGCUUCAUCUCUUUACCUCUUUGUUUUUCUUUCCUUUCUCUUUCAUAUAUCAUUUUCAAUUUCCCAAUUUCUCUUCUACAUCUUCAUAGCAGUUUAAGACCCCUCUUCUAUAUAAAGCUAACAGCUUAAGCCUCAGAAGCUUUCAUAACAAGAAGUGACUACAUUAGUUUCUUGUUUUUACUUCAUUAAACGCCUCACAUUUAUUUUCUUUCCCAUCAUUGUCCUAGAGGAGAGAAAAAAAAAGAGCUGCUCAGCUAUUCAAAUGGAGAGGAGUAUUCAAGGACAAAACCAUUGUUCUUUGGAUCAAAAAGUGAAUGUGAGAAGAAGCCUACAAGUUCAAGGAUCUGUAGAGGAUCAUCAAGGCUUUGCCUUUGGGGAAGAACAAUUGUCAACCCCGAGCUUGCUCCAAGAUACAACAAUUCCAUUUCUACAAAUGCUGCAACAAAGUGAAGAACCUUCUUCGUUUCUGUCCAUCAAAGAACCGAACUUUCUAGCACUACUGUCUCUCCAGACACUCGAAAAGCCUAAUUGGGAACUCGAAAGCUAUCUCCCACAUGAAGUUCCAGAGUUUCACUCACCGAUCCAUUCUGAAACUUACAACCACUACUAUCAGAACUCAUAUUUCGAAGGAUUCAGUGAAGCCAUCUCAGGCCAAAAACUCCCGUUCAACCCACUUCAAAAUACGAAUCCAAGACGCAAACGGAAGAACAACAACCUGGUAACACCGAUGACUAGAGAAAGGAGAAAGAGAAGGAGAACAAAACCAACAAAAAACAUAGAAGAGAUGGAGAGUCAAAGGAUGACACACAUUGCGGUUGAACGAAACCGCAGACGCCAAAUGAACGUUCAUCUCAACUCACUCCGCUCCCUCAUUCCAUCUUCAUACAUCCAAAGGGGAGACCAAGCGUCAAUAGUAGGAGGAGCAAUAGACUUCGUGAAGAUCCUCGAGCAACACUUGCAAGCCCUUGAAGCGCAAAAGACAACUCAACAGAGUACUGAUAGCAAAGAACAGAUUCCAGAAGAAGAUAACAACAACAACAGUCUCAGGGACAUAUCGUCGAACAAGUUGCGUGCGAGUAAAGAAGAAGAAGAAGAAGAAACAAGCAGACUAACAAAAAUCGACGCCACAGUGAUAGAGAGUCACGUAAAUCUCAAAAUACAAUGCACUAGGAAACAAGGGCAGCUUCUAAGAUCAAUCAUAUUGCUAGAGAAACUCGGAUUCACUGUGCUUCACCUCAACAUCACAUCUCCAACGAAUACAUCUGUCUCUUAUUCCUUCAACCUCAAGAUGGAAGAUGACUGCAAUUUGGGAUCGGCCGAUGAGAUAAAGGCGGCGAUUCGUCAGAUAUUCGACUGAUUGAUUUAAUUAACACUGAAACGUCCAAAAAGCACCCAACAAUUUUUUUUUAGCGUAACUUCGUUUUCAAAAGAGUGGAAGAAAAUUAAAUUCGAAAAUUUGGUCGUGUGUAAUUGGAAUCUUCUCGGCAUGGCACUUGACUUCGUUUUCAGGCUCUACACGAAUUUGGGGUCCUACUUGGGGAAUUGUGAUUUGCAUUUCAAGUUUGACCUCUCUGUCUCUUGUUGUAUCCAUAUGAUUAUCAUUUGUCUUUCUUUUUUGUUUUUGCU